AUGGCAUACGGCAAUGGAGUGAACGGCACUGGCCACGCGAACGGCUACACCAAUGGCUACACUAAUGGCCAUUCGUCCCUACCGCACAGAGAUCGCAGUGCUGGAACAGCACCUCACGAGUCCAUAAACUGGGAUCCAAGCCUCCAGCCAAAGGCUCACCACAUCGCUGGUGCAUCGCCAGAUGCGCAAACGCUCUUCCGUGACGUCCAGAUCCUUGACUCGACCGGACGCCCUCCUUAUCGCGGUGAUGUGCAUAUCCGAGGAGAACGAAUCGCCGCAGUGGGAAAUGUUCCAAAUGUCGACAUCAUCGCGAAAGACUCAUCCGUUCGCGUCAUUGAUGGUCGUGGGCGUACAUUGAUGUCUGGCUUGGGCGAUGCCCACGCUCACCCGACAUGGAACAACAUAGCUCUGGAGCUUCUGGGUGAUGUAUCGGUAGAAGAACAUACCCUGAUCACCGCCAGAUCUGCAAAAUGCUACUUGGACUCGGGCUACACAAUGUGCUAUGGUGCUGCUUCGGCAAAGGACAGGCUGGAUUGCGUGAUCCGAGACAGCAUCAACGAAGGUCUCCUUCCCGGUCCUCGAUUCCUUGCCAACGGCCGAGAAAUCGCCAAACGUGAUGCCGAAUUGGCCUCUGGUAUCACUGCCUUCGCUGACGGGCCGCUCGAAAUGCGGGAGAUAAUCCGUCAACACCGAAAGACAGGUGUCGACCAAGUCAAGCUCAGCAUGUCUGGCGAAGCUAUUCUUGAGGAACGUUCAGCGGAAGAGUGUUUCUUCAGUGAUGAAGAGACGGCCGCAUGCGUCGACGAAGCGCACAGAAAUGGUCUCAGAGUCUGUGCUCAUGCUCGCGCUCGAGAAUCCGUCAUACAAUGCGCUCGACACGGCGUGGACGUGAUCUAUCAUGCCUCAUACUGCGACGACGAGGGAUUGGAGCUUCUCGAAAAAGCCAAAGACAGACUCGUUGUUGCCCCGGCGAUCAAUUGGCUCUAUGCGACUGUAUACGAUGCGGAGCCUUUUGGCUAUACAUUCGAGAAGGCCGAGCAAGUCGGAUACAAGAAAGAGCUGGACUGUGCUAUCAAAGUGCUCGCAGAGAUGCACCGACGAGGGAUAACUGUGCUCCCCGGCGGUGAUUACGGCUUUGCGUGGUGUCCGCACGGAACGUACGCACGAGAUUUGGAACACUUUGUGAAGCUACUAGGAUUCACCCCUAUGGAGUCUAUCAUCGCUGCCACGGCCGGAAUCGCAAAGCUGUUUAUGCAAGAGCACGACUUGGGGAAGAUUUUACCUGGUUAUUACGCUGAUUGCAUCCUCGUGGACGGAAACCCACUGGAUGAUAUAUCGAUUCUACAAGACCACGACAGGCUGAAUGUGAUCAUGAUCAACGGCCGCUUGCACAAGGUUGAUGGACCAGCAACGGCGCCGGCCAUUCCUCGAUCUAUACCGAUCGUAGCAGCGAAUGUCUACAACCUCAUAUCUUACAAAGACCUUCUCCAACGACCACGCAUCGGCCAUCUGAACUUCGACACUUGCAGCAUAUCUCAGCUCACGAUGCCUUCUGGCGCCUCAGUCAACAACAUGUACGAGGUCCUCGAAGUCGGUGACGAGAACUUAAACAUUGGUUCUGGCGCAGAGGUAGCAUUGAACGAGGUUGAAAUCUUACCUCCCUUCCCGGAACGAGAUGUGAUUUGCAUAGGAAACAACUACACAAAGCACGUCCAAGAGAUUUCCGCAUCCAAGUAUGACGAGGGUGGGAGCACGAGCGAUCCAGCUUCCAUGCCUGUCGUGUUCACGAAACGAAACACCAGUAUCGUUUCUGCAACGCAUGACAUCUACCCACACCCACAAUUCACCGACUGCAUUGACUACGAAGGGGAGAUUGGGGUGAUCAUCGGCAAGACAGGGUUUAACAUUGACGAGGCAAAUGCAAUGGAUUACGUUUGGGGUUAUACACUCAUCAACGACUUCACCGCGCGAGAGAAGCAAAAAGACCUCAAGCAAUUUUUCCUCGGGAAGUCACCAGAUACUUAUUGUCCCAUGGGGCCAGUUGCUGUGCCUCGACGAGCAUUCCCUCACGACAUUCGGAUCACCACCCAUGUCAACGGCGAAAAGCGACAAGAAGGAACCACCGCAGACUUGAUUGCAUCUAUUCCAAAAGUCAUCAGCCAUCUCUCCAGCGGCAUGACUCUCCAACCUGGCGAUGUCAUUGCAACUGGUACGCCGCAUGGCGUUGGCGCAGGGUUUCAUCCACCAAAAUUCCUUCGUUCUGGCGAUUUAGUCGAGGUCAGUGCCAGUGGGCUCGGGAAACUCUCAAAUCGGAUUGCUUCGCCUUCCUCAAAGAAUCCUACGCCUUCACGAGUCAGCAAUUUGCCGUCAAGAAUCCCAACAUACAACCUGGAUAGGACUUGUGGCGGGACAGGCUUACUCGACUGUGGCAACGCACGGCUGAUCAACUACCGUGAGAUUGGGACUGGACCGGACACCCUAGUCUUGAUCCACGGUCUCGGUGCCAGCUUGGAGUACUACAUGCCGCUGAUCGAAACAGCCAAGCUGGCAGAGACACACCGGGUCAUAAUCUACGACCUCGAAGGCCAUGGUCUCACUCCCGUAUCGACAUACUCAGCGGCGACUUUGGACAGCUACGUGGCUGACCUCUCCGCACUGGUCAGUGCACUUAAAAUCACAUCCUUCUCCCUUACCGGCUGGUCUCUGGGUGGACUCAUCGCCAUGCGUUUCGCAGAAACAUAUCCAGCUCAAGUCCAGAAGCUAAUCCUCCUUGGCCCUGGCCCAACACCAUUCCCCGACCCAGCGGUUGAUGUCUUCACGAAGCGAGCAGUUCUCGCCCGAGAUAAAGGCAUGGCUGCCUCAGGGCUCGCCGAAGCGGUUGCCAAAGCAGCGACUUCCACCAGGACCCAGACACACUUCCCCAUUGCCAUGUCAGGGGUACGACAAUUCCUUCUCUCCACGCACCCCGAGGGGUACGCCAAGGGCUGUAUGGCCCUUGCACUAUCCAAGCAGAUCAUCAUCAAUUUGGAAAAAAUCAACAUGCCUAGCCUGAUCAUUGCUGGUACGGACGACAAGAUCUCGCCCCUUGAUCUGGCGAAGAAAUAUGUGCGUGCUAUGCCUCGCGCAGAGUUGGAGUGUCUGCCUGAUGUGGGACAUUGGCAUGUUCUCGAGGACGUCUACGGUGUAUCGCGGGCUGUUGGUCAGUUCCUGGCGAGAAAGUAG